CGGUCUCCGACAGCCAGUACUUCUACAACUCAAUGUGAUUCUGGAUGUGUUUUGAAUGAGAUACAAUUGAUCUGAGAGGAUAGCAAUAGUAAUGGUUGGAUUUCAUGCAUUACCCGCGCGGAUGCCCCUGCGGCAUACACUGAAGCCAAGCCGUCGCUUCUCCACGUCUUCGUGGAGGCCCAGUUAUGCGGAUACCCUUCCUAAUUUAAAGAUUGGAGCGCAUACGAGGGUUUUGUUUCAGGGGUUUACAGGUAAACAGGCCACCGCAAACGUCAAAGAAUCCCUAGCCUGGGGUACCAAGAUCGUCGGGGGCGUGAAACCAGGUGUUGAAAGCGAGCAUCUGGGACUACCCGUGUUCCCGUCAGUCCGGGCAGCCCAGCAAAAAGCCAAACCAGACGCAUCGGCCAUCUACGUCCCCGGAAACCAAACUGCCCAGGCAAUCGAAGAAGCCAUCGAAGCGGAAAUCCCGCUCGUCGUGGCUGUAGCUGAGCAUGUGCCUAUUCAUGAUAUAUUGCAGAUCCACUCUAUGCUCCAAACACAAUCCAAAACCAGACUAGUCGGUGCAAACUGUCCCGGCAUUAUCUCGGCCAUUGGAAAAUGCCGCAUAGGGUUCCAGCCGUUACCCUGCUUUGCGCCGGGUAAUGUAGGCAUUGUUGCUAAAUCGGGGACUCUAAGCUAUGAAACGGUGGCUUCCACUACACGUGCCGGUCUGGGACAGAGCCUGUGCAUAAGUAUGGGUGGUGAUGUGUUAGCGGGGACGAAUUUCGUGGAUGCCCUGAAGAUCUUUGAGAAUGAUCCUGACACAGAGGGUAUCAUUGUCGUUGGGGAAAUUGGUGGCACGGCGGAGAUGGAUGCUGCGGAGUGGAUUCAGGAUUAUCAGCGGCGCUGCGCAAAUCAUAAACCGAUAAUGGCUCUCAUCGGUGGCUUGGAAGCUCCUCCUGGACGCAUCAUGGGUCAUGCUGGUGCUUGGGCAGCUCCUGGUGAGCCUGAUGCGAGAGCUAAGUAUCAGGCUCUGAAACGUGUUGGCGUGACCAUGGUCAAUCACCCGGAGAAGUUUGGCGAGGGAAUGAGAUCUCUUCUGGGUCGCAGGGUGGCUGCCAACCCCAGCUCAGCCAUCAACCAAAAGCGAGGCCUCCAUACCAUGAGACGAACCACACUAACACACCAUACCAGUCCCAAUCUAUCACACCCCCAGAAAAUCCAGACCCGCUCGCUCUACAUAAAACCUUUCCAAGCCCUCGACAUACUAAACCAAAAAGCCCUCACAGUCCGCGAGACACCACUCUCCGAAUCAGAAUCCAAAUCCAAAUUCUCCCUCUCCCUCACCGUCGACAGAACAGCCCUAUCACCCUGCUUCAUCGCCUCCCCGACACCAGACUUCGACCCAGCAAAAUCCUGCAAAUUCCCCUUCCCAUACACAACCACAGACCUAAGAAACACUCAAAACUCGGUUAUCGGAGAAAUUGCUUCAAACCUGGGUCUUCCUGAAACGGCGCAUCCUCAACUAGUUACCCUCGCGCAAGGGUUGUGGAAGAUUUUCCAGGAAAAAGAGGCGUUUUCGUUAGAGGUUAAGGUGCAUCCUUCUGCGGAUGGGAAAUUGGAGGUAUGUGAUGCGCGGUUUGGAUUCGAUGAUGCUGCGCAUCGGAGUGCCGGACGGCAAGAGGAGGUUCAUAAACUACGGGAUAAGGAGGAGGAGGUUCCUGAGGAGGUUGUUGCUGAGAAGGAUGGGAUUGUUUAUGUGAAACUCGACGGCGAAGGGAGCAUCGGCACACUAGUCAACGGCGCCGGCCUAGCCAUGAACACCGUCGACGCCCUAACAAUCCACGGCGGCGCCUGCGCCAACUUCCUCGACACAGGCGGCAAAGCGACCUCGCAGACCGUCAAAUCCUCAUUCCAGAUAAUCACCUCAGACCCGCGCGUCAAAGCAAUCUUCGUUAACAUCUUUGGCGGAUUGACGCGGUGCGAUAUGAUUGCUGAGGGGAUUAUACUUGCGUUUCGGGAUUUGGGGCUGAAGGUUCCUGUCGUGGUUCGGUUGAGGGGGACGAAUGAGGAGGCUGGGCAGAGGAUGAUCGCUGAAAGUGGACUUUCUCUCCACGCAUUCGAUAGUUUCGAAGAUGCGGCGAAGAAGGUGAUUAGUCUUGCCAGAGCAUAAUGUACAUAGAAGAAACUCCCUCAUUUAUUCAAUGCUGGAC